AGAUCGAAUCGAAUCGAAGCGAGCUAGCGUAGCGUCGUAGUCGCGUCGUUGUCAUAUCAGCUGAUUGCGUCAUUGCCUGUAAAGACAAAAAAAAACAAAAAACAAGUCGCAAUAUCGAAUUUGGCUUUGUGAUUAUUUUGGAAAUUAUAGUGCUAAUAUUCCAAAAUGAAAUUCCAAUACAAGGAAGAACAUUCUUUCGAGAAGAGGAAGACCGAGGGUGAGAAAAUACGCAGAAAAUAUCCGGAUCGUGUGCCCGUCAUCGUCGAGAAAGCCCCGAAGGCACGUUUGGGAGACCUCGACAAGAAGAAGUAUUUGGUGCCCUCUGAUUUGACCGUUGGCCAGUUCUACUUCCUGAUUAGGAAACGCAUUCACCUUCGGCCGGAGGAUGCGCUGUUUUUCUUUGUCAACAAUGUUAUCCCUCCCACCUCCGCGACCAUGGGCUCACUUUACCAAGAGCACCACGAUGAAGACUUCUUUCUGUACAUAGCAUUCUCUGAUGAAAACGUUUAUGGCAAAUAUGCUUAAAUUUCAUAAUAUCUCCUAUUCUUAAAUGUAUACCUAAUUAUUAAAAUAUUAUGUGUAGAAUUAUUUGACCAUAUGGUGAAACCUAGGUUUAAGGCUUAGUUAAUAUUCUUGUAUUAUGUGUUAAAGGUGAUAUUGAUUUAUUUGCUAAUUCCAGACACAGAUUUGCAAUUUACACUGUUAUAUUUAUAGAAUUACACAAAAUAUGGGUAAAAUAUAAUGAUGCAUUGUUUCAAUCUCUUUGUUUGGUUUAGUUAUUUGUAAUUAUUUCUCUAUAAUAAUAAAAACCCAAAAAAACUAA